CUCCUUCGCUAUGCUCUGGGCAGAGCAUAAUAUUAGAACCUAUUGAAGAAGCCAAUAUUUUAUUAGAAAAAGAAAAACCAAUAAACAUUUGGUCAGAAACUGCUUUAAGUACAAUGGAAUAG